UUUUAAAAACAGAGUCAUAAAUAUGCAAUUUGGCAUAAAAAGAAUCUCCCUCUUCUUUUUCUUUUUUGUUCUUGGGGUUCAAAUUUCAUCCGACGAUUACAGCUUAAUAUUCUUCUGCCAAACAAAACUCAGUAGAUCUCUCCCGCACAAGAAAAGAUUUGUGAAAGAAAGGGUGUAGGAAAUGGCCACGGUGAGGAAUUUGAAGAUAAAGGCAUCAACGUGCAAGAGAAUAGUGAAGGAGCUCCACUCGUACGAGAAAGAGGUCGAGAGAGAGGCUGCUAAAACCGCCGAUAUGAAGGCCAAGGGCGCCGAUCCGUAUGACCUUAAACAGCAGGAAAACGUGCUGGCCGAAUCAAGAAUGAUGGUUCCUGACUGCCGCAAGCGCCUAGAGGCUGCUCUAAGCGACAUUAAAGGCACACUGGCUGAGCUGGAGGAGUCUGGCCAAAAGGAAGGUCCGGAGUUUGAUGAUGCUCGGAGCAUCAUUGCAGAGGUUGAACAGCUAUUCCAAUCUUCAGAACUGUAGUUGGAACCUGAUGUUUUACUCCUCUGUAAGCUAUGGUUUUGUAUGUGAUGGAUAAUGAUGCUAAAAUCGGACAGGAAGUCCUGCUUAACGCAACCGUAUCUCUGCUGGGAAAUAGCGAAACUAUUUUAUUCUACUCUAUGCAUAUAUGGAUUCAUUUUCAGCUCCUACGACAGAAUACUUCACUUAUUUGCUUUUUCAGUUUAGUUAGUAGUAAAAAGUUUAUAGU